GGCCAGUUGAAGAGAAAAAUAAAAGGAGAAUUACGGCGAACGCAUACGACGCAGAGCACGGGAGAGAGAGCGCGCGAAGAUGAAGAAAGAGGACACGGUGAAGCUGAUCAGCGCCGAGGGUUUCGAAUUCGUGAUCGAUAAGGAAGCCGCCAUGGUUUCUCAGACCAUCUACAAUAUGCUUACCUCUCCAGGGAGCUUUGCUGAAACGCAGCAUGGUGAAGUGACUUUCCCUGAGAUCAGCACAACGAUUUUAGAGAAGAUCUGCAAGUAUUUCUACUGGCAUCUUCAAUUCGCCAGUGGGAAGGAGACUGAGUUUCCCAUUGAACCUGAGUUGACUCUGGAGCUGAUGAUGGCUGCCAAUUACCUUCAUACUUGAAUUAUCACAUCUUUUGCCUCUUGGGUGGCAAGUCCUGCUCAACAUCUGAUUAUCUACUAAGGAUGCUUCAGGUGAAAUUGUUGCUCAAGAAGUUUCAAGAACUAUAUGAAGGUAGUGGUGAUCUCAUGUAGUGGAACUCACUUUGCAUUGAAAUGUGGUAUAUAAUAUUUAAGCUGUAUGUGAUUGUUACACUAAAAACAGUGUUAGAAUAAUUCAGCCAAGUGCAGUAAUUGGACGGCU